AGCUGAUUUCAUUCGCUUUCGCAAAAUGGCCACCUCGUCAUCAGCAUCGACGUCGUCAACGCAACCGACUGCUUCGACGUCUCGCAAGGGAGGUGUCUCUCACCUCCUGCGAGAAUGGCACACCGCUCCCAAGGGCGUCGAUGCUGCGUCGCCAUCUCCAGAUCGAGUGGCUCACCGAUGCAUCGAAAUAUCGUCGUGGACCAUCACAACCUCUAGAGGCGCCAUUGGCAACUCAGCAUACAUGGAUGGACUGGGUGAUCGACUCGGACUACCCCCGCCAGAGAUGGUCUUCCCCUCAAAUACGCUCGUCAUCUCUCACAAGCCAUCGGGCUUCGAGUACCGCUUUGCCGCAGACGAGGCAUUACGAUGCGUAGAUGGAGUCGCCGCCAAAGUGAGGCUAGAGGGCGUUGAUCUGAGCAAAGACUGGAGAGCGCAAGAUUCACAGCGUCGCGGUCACAAGACGCUGGGAGCAAAGCCGCAAACCAAGCGUGGCAUCAAAGUCGCCUACGCACAAGAGUGGGGAAAGAGUCGCAACGACCCAGCCAAUAAUCCAGCAAUGACAGCCACGACAGAUCCAGAUGCGCCUGCCCCAACAACUGCCUUUGGUGCGGCAGCCGCUACCCAGAUUGCAGAGGCUCGCGAUUACGAUUGGACCUUCUCGACGACGUGGGCGGGUUCACCUUCACCGUCAUCCUCAUCGUCCUCUUCGUUGCCUCCAUGGAAACCAGCCUCAGAUCCUGCCUUAGAUCGCAUCCCCGUCGAGAGACUAGGCCCUUCAAGCGGGGAGCCUAUCCUAUUCUACGACGACCUUGUGCUCUUUGAGGAUGAGUUGGGAGACAAUGGUACUAGCAUGUUGGGUGUCAAGGUACGCGUCAUGCCAUCUGGCUUCCUCAUCCUACAGCGCUUCUUCCUCCGCGUCGACGACGUCGUCUUUCGCCUCUUUGACACGCGCAUGUAUUGUGCCUUCAAUGAGCUCGGUGGAGAAGCCUCAGCGAUGCCCGCCACCGCAAUGCCUCAAGUGACACGACCAGGAGCAUCGUCGAAUGCAGUUCCCCCUCCCGCAGCAGCUCCUUGGGCAGCCACAUCAGCUCCGCGAUCAACGACUACGCCAGACAUGUCCUCUCUUCGUCUCGGUCAGCCGCGGGGAGCAGCCAAGGAACCAGCGACGACGAUGCAAUCUAUAUCAUCGUCCGCUACCCCGCCUGCGCAGCGGUUGAUCCGAGAAGUUAGCGGCUGCGAAGCUCCAUACAAGGAUGUGCGAGCUCGCCUCCCUCCCUACCGACCCAAUGACUUGUCUCUCCUGACCGACCCGGGCUGGGUCUCGCAGACUCUCGAGAGCCUCACGGCAAGGCAAUUUGCCGGCAGGUCUGGCCAGCAGCAGCAGCAGCAGCACCCUGCUCUCGCAGCUACGACUGCCGCGCAGAGCGUGCAGCCUGCCAAGGCGCCAGGAACGGUCGCUGGCGGCACCGACGCAGCUGCCGUCGUUGGUGAAUUGGGCGACGAAGAGGCGUGGGAAGGCAUUGGGCAGCGCGUCGAUGUCGUCGUCUUUAAUUGAAUAGCAUUGCUGUGCCCGUCUAGAAGCCCUGUUCCGUCAACCACCUCUCGCUGUCCCUCAACCCCUCCUCGUCAUCCUUGACUACUUUGACCCUGCCUCCCAGCUUCUUUGCGAGUGCGUCGACCGCCUCUGGCCCGGCGCCCUCGCUCGACGUGACGAUGACGAUGCCUG